AUGAAUACCGAUCGAUUCCCAGAUGUGCUGGCGGCCAACCUGGCUGCCGUUGGUGAUGAGAUCUCACGGGCCACCUCCCCUGGUGGAGAGUCCACGCAACUCAACGGCGCCGUGCCAGAAGACGACCGCUCCAAAAAGGCUCGUAGCCGGCCGAGGACAUACCCAUACUUCCAGCACUCCCCCUACGAGCUAGAGGAUGAUACGUUACGACAACACAACUUUGAAGAGAUCCUCAAGCACCUCUACGUGGCCAUCGAGUCUGGAGACUUUAACACAGGGGCGGUCCACUGGACUCGAGAACUCCGGGGUUGGCUAUCUCUGAAGUUUGAUCCCACCAGAGAGCAACGGACAAAGCUGGUGAAGCUUUACUAUGAGCUUGCCCUUGCUCCCGGCGUUGAAUCUGCAGCUGCAGAACGCUUUUCCAGCAUGUUCAUGGUGCUUACCAAGAGGAAACAUUACCUUCGUCCAACCAAGGACUUAGUCCUUGACUGGAAACCGCUGUACAGAGAGCUGAAAGUGUUUGUGCUUCCCUCAGAGGCGGGACUCGUACACUCAAUGAGCAACAAACGCAAUAUCAAGACUUUGAUAAAGCUCUGUUCCUUUGCACAAUUCUAUUUUGAUCCCCUUGAGCUUCCAAACAUGCUACAAGAAUUUCUCCCCUAUUUCACAACGUCAUUCACCGAAGGAGCCUUUAUUGCAGUCGGGCUCAUGAACCUGUUCGCCUCUACAGCACCCGCACCUUCAGAGAGGCUCGAUUUACUCCCACAACAUUACCUUCCAACCUAUUUCCACCUGUGGUCCCUGGUAAACCGCUCCAGGACGUUUGAUAUGAGUUUCCUAGAUAUUCUAUCACGAUUAGCUCGCGAUUCUCUCCCUGCUAAACAUAUUCAAUUUUCUGAAUUCGGAAUUUUCACUGCUGAACAAACUUCCCUUAUUUUUACUGCUAUCCUGAGGCUGCUUGAAAUUCCAGUCGGACAGGCAACGUCGUCCUACAGCGAAGUCGUUGACGUGUCUGCUGGGUUGGGCAUAAUGCUCGAUCGGGAUUCAAGAAAUCACCCAGUCACACACGACAUUGCUAGAUGGACUGUCAUGUCUCUCUCACCAGCCUGUGCAGAGUCUAAAGACUCGCUUCUUAGCAGAUUAGAGGGCCUGAUACAAGCUGUGGAAACAUUCUUCCAUCCUUCGAAUUCAGGAACAUGGACGAGAACCCUCUCAGAGCUGGUUAACUACCUUGCAGACUUCUUUGUAAUGCGAUGGAACCGGGAACGAAACGGGGAAAUGGAAGUUCCCCCAGAGAGACGGUUAAAUGAUGCCGUUAAACGACGAUUUAUAUUAUGUCUGCGGGAUGUGACAUUCAUGGGUAUCUAUGCUAAAAGUGGUACAGCCAUGAACUUCUCACUCUCAACCCUGCAAUCCUUGGCAUAUCUUGAGCCGAAUCUCAUUCUGCCCGGAGCUUUGCAGCGAAUCUACCCAUCUAUGCAAGGUCUGGUGGAGGUACACAGAACUGCAUCUUCUCUCCGCUCCUUGCAGGUCUUGUCAAGAAUUAUGGUACGGACAAAAGGGUUCCGCUGCCACAUUACCACUUUACUAGGUCUGGCCCUGCCUGGAAUUGAUGCCAAUGAUUUGGGCAAAUCGCUGCACUCCCUUGCAUUCAUUCAGUCUGUGUGCUAUAAUAUACCCUUCGAAGACCUUACGAAGGGCCGUGACGAUGUUAAUGGAAACAUGAUUGCCGUCGAAUGGGUUACUGGAGAAUUAGAGCGCAUGGAAGAACAAGGCGCUUCUAUUGAAAUGAAUUACGAUACUGAGCUCUCCGAUGAAGAUGAAGAAAAAAUCUUACGUUCAUCUACCACAGAAUUCGGCGAGUUCCUCAUCUCGUUCCUAGGCCGGGUUUUCACACUGUUAGAGAACCUGCCUGAUGCAGCGCGAGUACGCAGCGGCUCACCAGAAGAAAAUGUCCUCAACACGUUACCUGCUACUUUCCUUCCUCUUCUAUCCACCCUUUCCCCAGAGUUGUAUGACAUAGCUCUGAAUAAAAUUGUGAACUUUGUCUCUGACCGGGUUAUACACCAAGCACGAGAUGCGAUGGCUUUCAUUUGCAAUUCUCUCUGCAAGGUCAACCCCGAAAAGGCGCUAAAGCGCUUCAUUCCUUUGCUUAUUCGAAAUAUCCGCACCGAAAUUGAUGAAAAUGGUGCAGCAUCCACAAGAACAACAGGAAGUGAUGUUUUACCUCGCGACCGUGGCCUGGUAUGGAAUAUCAGUAUGCUGAGCAUGUGUGUAGUCCAUGUCGGGGAAGCCAUCUUGAAAUAUAAACAGGAGCUCCUCGACAUUGCAUUGUACAUGCAGCGAAAGUGCAAGGGUAUUCCAACUAUCCAUAUCUCGAACUUUAUUCACCACCUUCUCCUGAACCUUACCAUGACCACCAUUGUGGACUACAGUAUGUAUGAACCACAUUUAUACCCCAAAGGUAUUCAGGUUGAGCAGUGGGGUCAGAAACAAGACCUAAGCAAACUUAGCGUCAACUGGCAUGUUCCACAAAGAGAAGAAAUAGAGUUUGCCGCCGAACUGUUUACUUCUCAAGUGGAAGCUGCCUUGUCGUCCUUAACAUCCCUGAUAAGUGACACACCAAGCAUCAAACGUGAUGGCAGUGGCAAAGAUUGGUCCGAUGAAGUAACGAGGAAUAUCGUGCUACUCAGGCUAAUUAUAGCUGGAGUCUCUGCCCUAUUUGACAACAGAGCAGCUUCAAAAUGCCGUGAAAGUGAGGUUCCUGAACAGGGUGGCGCAUACGUUUCCCGAGAUGAAGACAUGUCCACCGAUGAGGAAGCAGAGAUCGAUGACACUGACUCUCCUUUGGAUAUUUCGGAGGAAUGUACUAUCAGGCCUUCUUAUGAAUACCCAGCUGGAUAUCUGUUGACAGAGGAUGACCCUCUGUAUAUUGCCCUUCAUGAAAUUAGGGAGCGAAUUGGCCAUGUUCUACACAAGGUUCACAGAUUCCUAGUUGAUAAACAGGAGGAUGAUGUGGCAUGCUUCUCCUCGCUAUACACUGCCUAUCGGUGCUGGUUCAUUGACGUCGGGAUUGAGCGGUCCGCUCACCUGCUAGAUCGUGUUUCGAAAUUAUACGGUGCUGAUAUCCAUCCGUACAAAAUGAGUGGCAUAAGGAAGGAUUACCCUCGCCCGCUACUUGUACGCCGGGCAUAUGUAUAUCAUUUACAACGACUCCGCCAUAACGCAGCUCCAAGACCGCGAUCAAAAUUGGAUACAGUCCUCUUGCUUGACUUAGCCGAGUCUAGCGUGUCAAUAUACACAGAUAUUAGACGAAACGCCCAGUCAGCUUCGGAGUCCGCACUUCGCUCUAUCUGGGGUUCACGAGUCCUUCUAAUUCGACCGUUGCUCAAAGCCUUCCAGAUGGCCCUGAAAGCUAAUGAAAUCCCUCGUAUUCAGGGUGCGAUUUAUUCUCUGAUGUAUAGCAGUUUGGCCAAACCAGUGGGUCGUCAUUGGAAGUAUACCCCUGCUCUUAUCAGAGCAUUCCUUGACACCACUGCUGUCGACAAACCAUCCAUCCAAAAGCUCUGCAGUGGCUCUCUAUUUCAAAUUGUAGAGUACGGCCAUACCACGAAUAGAAUGGCUAUCCUUAAUCAGGAUAUCAUAAGAGCUAUUGUUCCAAUUGAUGAGUCGAUGGCUUCCCAGAUUGAAGCCAAACGGAAAUCUAUUGAAAAGAAGUGGCGUUCCAUUGAGAAAAGAAAGCUAGAAAUGGCAGAGGAGCUCGUUGAGCUGGCCAGAGCAUCUCAUUGGAAGAAAACAAUUCGAACAUCUGCAAUUGCCUUUAACUUGGGACUACGCUUUGAUCACAUUGCCAGUGAAAACCUAAUCGAGCUUAUUAUUAAGGGUUCCGUGGACUCUCACCCAGGUCUGCGAUGGAUGUAUGCUCAGUCAUUGACUGCACUUUUCACUAUCACCGAAGUCAGGGCUAUUUGCCACCAUAGCUACAAAGACUACAUCCUUGGGAAUUAUUGCCUCCCGUCAAAGAUACAAGUCCCUACGCACCCCGAAGACCCUAAUUGGACAGCUUCCUACCUUGCAAGCUUUGCGCAUCCUGAAGCAGAAUAUUAUAUCGACCAUGACCACCCUGGAUUCUUAGUCUGGAAUAAGACGAUGCCAGCGUACAAAGCCAAUGUCGAAACAGAUAUUAUUUUUGACUCCCUUGAAUGGAACAUCCGCAAGUUUAUGGGCACGCUCUUCACCCGGGAAUGGAUUUCGACUUAUUUCACAUACCUCAAACAAGAGCCCCGGGAUGUCAGUGCUGAUAAGUUCCGAAUGUCGACUUCCUCUCUACUGGUAUAUGUAUUCCAGCUUCUACUCCGCGACGAGCUCACUGCAGUCACCUUCGAAGAAGUUAAGAAAGAAAUAGAGAUUGUCUAUGAAGAUGGCAGUGACAAGCACCAACAUCGUGCUACAGCCGAAAUAUUGGCUGGACUUGUCUGUUCAGUGACUGAUGUCAAAGUCCAGACGCGCACGGAGAUAUGGGAAUACGCCUUUGCGUUCUUCCGAAAAGUCUUUUCCGAUUCACUCACUCCUGAGAACUGCGACUAUUGGUCUAGCUGCCUUCGAAUGAUCAUGCAAUGUAGAGACCCUCGCCGUUCUUGGCCCUUGGUGGACUGGCUGUCUAGUUUCCGCCUGGAUAUGACUUCCAACGCUGCUUUCAAGGAGAGUUCGAAAAUCAACUUACUCCACCGAUGUAUCGUGGAUGCUGGUUGGCACUUUCAACUUGCACAACCCAUUCUCGAUGACUUUUUAGCUCAUCUUGACCAUCCCUACAAGGGAGUCCGUGAAGCCAUGGGAAAUACGCUUGCCUCCAUCUACCGUACACGAUACCAUGAGUCAUAUGCGAGUGUUGACCAGUUGAUCGAACACCAGAAGAAAACUUCGUCAACCGGCAGCCGUGCCUAUAAACCAACCGAUGAGUUCGUGGCUACGAUUACCGAAGUCUUCGAUAGAAUUGAAAAAUGGCGACAUCAGAGAAAACCUGGUCAACAAACUCCAUCCUCCUAUACGUCCGGCUGUAAAACAGUGCUGCUAUGGCUUGAUUCGACCUUGUACUCAUACGAAUGCACCCAGCUCGUACAGUUUUUCCCAAACUUGUUUACAGAGCAGCUUCUACAUAUGAUGGACGUCAAGGAAGACCCUGAGCUGCAAUCUCUAGCAUACCACGUUUUCCGCCAUCUUCCCAACAUCCCACAUCCCAGUGGUGAAGAUACCGACUUUAUUAAUUCUCUCAUCCGAAUUGGUCGCACUUCCCCAUCGUGGCACCAACGCCUUCGUGUCAUGAUCAACAUGCAAAUUAUCUAUUUCAGAAGACUGUUCUUACUAUCCUCCACCGAUCGCGAGAACUUAUUUGAAUGUGUUGCCAGUAUGCUUUCCGACCCCCAGCAUGAAGUUAGGGCCGGAGCCUCCGCAACACUGUCUGGCAUGGUCCGAUGCUCACCUGUCGCUCUCCGGCAAAACAUUGUCAUGAAACUGCUCGACCGAUUCACGACAUCCCUUGUUCAACAUCCCUUACCCAAGAAACGGAGAAUCAUCUCUUCUGGAUUCUCCUCUGCUACAUCUACAGGUGCAAGCACGCCAACUCCAGAACACACCAAACUUAUCAUCACACGCCAUGCUGCCGUUCUGGGCGUAGGAGCCCUGAUCCAGGCUUUCCCAUACACUAGUCCUCCACCAAGCUGGAUGCCUGAUGCAUUGACAACACUUAGCACCAAAGCUGGUGGGGAUCCUGGCGUUGUUGGACAAAGUGUGAAAACGAUCAUCAGUGACUUUAAGAAAACUAGGCAGGAUACAUGGCAUAUAGAUGUCAAGUCCUUUAAACCAGAUCAAAUUGAAGAUUUAGCUGGGGUCUUGUGGAAAAGUUAUUUUGCUUAA